AAUCAGCCUUGUAAUGAAUCCCUACUGUAAUGUCGAAUCAGUUCGUGACAUUCCAACACUCUUGACGAGAUCUUUUCUGUUUUGUGCUGAAAAUAUCCCUAAAAUUGUGCUUCAGGCCGUUUAAAAUGGCUUGUACGUCUUCCGGCGGAGCUACUGGAGAGACAAAGCCACCAAGUGGUGGGGUUCCACCACGAACGGGAAACGUUCGUCUGGAGGGAAUCGGAAGCCGCGUUAUUAGAGGCCCAGAUUGGAAGUGGGCCAAGCAGGACGGUGGUGAAGGUCACUGCGGCACAGUGAGGAAUUUUGAAUCAUCCGAAGAAGUUGUGGUUGUCUGGGACAAUGGAACUGCGGCCAACUAUCGCUGUGCCGGCGCUUACGAUCUGCGGGUGCUCGACAGUGCUCCAACGGGCAUCAAGCACGAGGGUACCAUGUGCGAUACAUGCCGUCAGCAGCCUAUUUUUGGGAUUCGCUGGAAGUGUGCUGAAUGCGCCAAUUAUGACCUCUGUUCCAUUUGCUACCACGGCGACAAGCACCAUCUGCGUCAUCGAUUCUAUCGCAUCUCUACGCCCGGAGGGGAUCGUACCCUCCUUGAGCCACGUCGGAAGUCCAAGAAGAUUGCCGUGCGUGGGAUCUUCCCCGGAGCUAGGGUUGUGCGUGGAGUGGAUUGGCAAUGGGAGGAUCAAGAUGGUGGCAAUGGGCGCAGGGGGAAAGUGAAUGAGAUUCAAGAUUGGUCAGCGGCAUCUCCGCGUUCGGCAGCGUAUGUUGUGUGGGACAAUGGAGCCAAAAAUCUCUACCGUGUUGGCUUUGAAGGAAUGGCAGAUCUCAAGGUGGUGAAUGAUGCAAAAGGAACAACAGUUUACCGUGAUCAUCUACCCCUUUUGGGUGAGAAUGGUCCUGGCAAGGGACCCAAUGGCUUCCACAUUGGGGAUCAGGUGUCUGUUGAUUUGGAAUUGGAGAUUGUUCAAUCCCUACAGCAUGGGCAUGGAGGGUGGACUGAUGGGAUGUUUGAGUGUCUCAAUAAUCCCGGAACGGUGGUUGGUAUCGAUGAGGAUCACGAUAUCGUUGUAGCGUACCCAAGUGCAAAUCGUUGGACAUUCAAUCCAGCAGUGUUGACAAAAGUUGCCUCCCCCGCAUCGUCAUCGGGCGAAGGUUCCGCUCAGCAAUUUGCCGUUGGGGAUUUCGUGAAGAUCUGCAAUGAUUUGGAACGCAUUAAGAGCCUCCAGCGUGGUCAUGGUGAAUGGGCAGAUGCGAUGAUUCCCACUCUUGGGAAAGUUGGUCGUGUGCAGCAGGUUUAUCAUGAUAAUGACUUGAAGGUGGAAGUGGGAAGAACAUCGUGGACGUACAAUCCUUUAGCUCUGACCAAAGUUGCUUCGGCAUCUGAUGGUACUGUCCCCGUUACAUCGAGUGGGGAGCGCCUCUCGGCGAUUCUGAAGAAACUCUUUGAACCCCAUGUUUCCGGAGAUGCUACGGAGGAGCUGGUUAAGGCAGCCGCCAAUGGGGAUCACGUGAAGUGCGAAGAAUUCCUCACGGGAUGCCCUCAAGAUGGUGCCGGAGCAUCCAAUACGUCCACAGCCAAUGUGAAUGGUGUCUUUGCCGGGCAUACAGCACUCCAAGCAGCCAGCCAGAAUGGGCAUUUGGAGGUUAUUCAGGUACUCCUGCAGCACAGUGCUGAUGUGGAGAUUGAGGACAAAGAUGGUGAUCGUGCUGUCCAUCAUGCAGCCUUUGGGGAUGAGCCAGGUGUUGUGGAGCUACUCGCGAAGGCCGGAGCGGAUCUCAAUGCGCGCAAUAAGCGUCGUCAGACUGCCCUUCAUAUUGCCAUCAAUAAGGGGCACCUAAAUGUCGUGAAGACUCUCCUUGAGCUCAAUUGUCACACAAGCUUGCAAGACUCUGAGGGUGAUACACCACUCCACGAUGCAAUUUCAAAGGAACAAGAUGAAAUGUUGUCCCUCCUCCUGGACUUUGGUGCCGAUAUCACGCUGACGAAUAACAAUGGGUUCAAUGCACUGCACCAUGCGGCACUCAAAGGGAAUCCCAGUGCCAUGAAGAUCCUCCUGUCAAAGACCAAUCGUCCUUGGAUUGUGGAGGAGAAGAAGGACGAUGGGUACACGGCAUUGCACCUUGCAGCACUCAAUAAUCACGGCGAAAUUGCCGAUCUACUCGUGCACAUGGGGAAGGCGAAUAUGGACAAGCAGAAUGUUAAUCUCCAGACAGCCCUCCAUCUCGCAGUUGAGCGGCAACACGUUCAAAUUGUAAAGCUCUUGGUGCGAGAGGGUGCAAAUUUGAAUAUACCCGAUAAGGAUGGUGAUACCCCACUUCAUGAGGCACUCCGGCAUCACACACUAUCCCAGCUGCGCCAAUUGCAGGACGUCGAAGGUUUUGGGAAGCUUCUCAUGGGAUUGAGAAAUCAUACUGAUAAAAAAGCUUCUGCGUCAAUUGCAUGCUUUUUGGCUGCAAAUGGGGCGGAUUUGACAAUAAAAAAUCGCAAAUUGCAAACUCCGCUGGAUCUGUGUCCUGAUCCGAAUCUCUGCAAAACACUCGUAAAGUGCUACAAUGAACGCAAGACGGACGAUAUGGACUUACCUGGGAAUAUGGCGGGAAAUAAUUUGCCACCAUCAAUUGCGCCCACGUCAUCGGGGCAGGGGGGUGGCGGUGGCGGUGCGAGUGGUACGGAGGCACCACCAUCCAGGGGGCCACUCGAUGAAUGUGUGGUGUGUUCGGAACAAAAAAGAGAUACAGUGUUUAAACCCUGUGGUCAUGUCUGCUGUUGCGACAAUUGUUCGAUGCGUGUUAAAAAAUGCCUCAUUUGCAGAGAGACCGUUUCAUCGCGCGAAAAGAUUGAUGAGUGUUUGGUGUGUUCCGAUAGAAGAGCAUCAAUUUUCUUUAAACCAUGUGGGCAUAUGGUUGCGUGUGAAAAUUGUGGACCAAUUAUGAAAAAAUGCGUUCAGUGUCGUACACAGAUUGAGCAGAUGAUCCCACUUGUGGUUUGCUGUGGUGGACAAGGGACAAUUUCCAAGGUGUCCGUGGUGCAGGAUGAUGCGAAAGCAACAGCAGCAGCGGCAGCACCACAAGGGGUCAAUAAAGCCGGACAGGGGGUCUCAAUGAAUAACGCAGCAGGUGCAUCGGUGGCGAAUGUAACGGCUCAAAUGGCAAAUACCAACAUAAACAACAUUCAGUUGGAUGAUGUUCAAAAGUUGCAGCAGCAAUUGCAAGAUAUAAAAGAGCAGACAAUGUGCCCUGUGUGCUUUGACCGCAUUAAGAACAUGGUCUUCCUUUGUGGGCAUGGAACAUGCCAAAUGUGCGGUGACCAAAUCGAGGGAUGUCCGAUUUGUCGAAAGACAGUUGAAAAGAGGAUUCUUCUAUUUUAAAAUCAACCCCACAGCACACACACACAUACCGUUCAUGAUGAAGAAAAUGGGAGAAGUUGAACAAAAUUUCCAAAAACUCAUUUGUUUAAUUUAAAAAGCGAUUUCACAAAACAGCUUUUUGUGGAGGGUUUAAAAAGUUUGGGAAUAAUACAAUAUAUAUUCCACUCCCUCGAAUAUAUGUAUGUAUAUGUAUUAAUUGAAUCAAGAAGAAGUGGUGAAAGAGCAAGCAAUAUACAAGCUGAUUGAUAAA